GUGAGUAUGUGUAUUAGUAUGCUUUCAGAGGUGUUGAAUGUAGAAGCUGUGUAUACAUAUACAUCAUUAUGUGCCGCAAAUAUUUUAACAAUCGUGGAAAAACCGAUAUCUGUCGGAUAGAGUGCGUUGUGUGUGACAAAAAUCUUUGCGUAGGAAAUGUGAAACAUAAAUCAUGUGCCUCACCAAAAAUUUUGCUGAAUACUACGCAACACAAAAUGUUGAAAUGUGGACCAGGCUUUAGGUAACAAAAAAUAUAACCUCGAAAUGGGAAAGUUUUCCCUAUUUAGUAUUUAUUGAGUAAUCAUUACUUCUUAGUUCUUACUGACUUAAUUCUUACAAUUUUUUCAUAGACAAAUUGAACGUUGUGAUGACAUUUUAUCUGAAGCCACCCAGGGGAAAUUUAAAUCUAUACAUUUUGGAAGAUUGUAUAAAAGAAAGACUGUUAUGUUACAAUUACUUGAAAAAUGGAAGCGUUGACUUAACUAACUUUCAAUAUUUAGUGGAAGAUAGUUCCUUGGACCGAACAGGUCAUUUUAUAUUGAGACUAAUGGCCUGCUGCAAUCACACCUUUGAAUAUGAUUUUGUACAAAAAGAAUUGAAGUUAUUAGAAGUAAGAUUAAUUUCGUAUGAUAUGGGAGAUGUAAAAAUUUUCCUAAAGCGAAUAUUAAAACAUACACGAGAAAUAAUAAGUGAUAACACGAACAAAGACUUGUUUGAAAUUUUUUUUGUUUUUUUAAAGGUGAUAUGUCUAAUGCUAUCUAAUGUUUUCUUAAAACACAUAUUUACAAUUGGACGAAAUGGUUGUUUUAUUGGUUGUAACUUGUUUGUAAUAGAAGUACCAUAUUAUUUUUGUUUAUCAAUGACAGCAAAUAGAGUGGUCAUAAUAAAAAAUGGUUUGGCACAAGUGCCUUGCACUUUAUGGAAAGAUUUGUUACUGGGUUUAUACUUCACCUACCUCAAGAAAGUUAUGAAAUGUUUGAAAUAUUCAGGAUACAUAACUUGUACUUUAGAAGAUUCAAGAAUACAGAAUAUUUUCCAAUUAGUCAAGAAUUACACUUCAGGAAAGAAUGUGAGGACAAUGGAAAAUGAAUCAUCAUUUAUUAACUUUAACAAUAUUUCAAAUGAAUCAAAGUUUUUUCCACUUUGUAUGCAGAAUUUGUUUAAGGUGUUGGAAAGAACAAAUCGUUUGUGUUAUAAUGAUAGGUUUGAUUUUAGUUUAUAUAUGAAGACUAUAGGUAUGUCUAUGUCAGAUUCACUAAAAUUUUGGGAAAAUACAUAUUCAAAGGAAUGUAGCACCAGUUCCAGAUGCUCACAUAGUUGGCAGAAAAAUGGAAAACGCUACAUCUAUGGAAUUAGACAUCUAUAUGGUCUGGAAGGUUCAAGAAAGGAUUAUCACUGUCGUUCCUGCACAUUUCUACAGGAAAGAUCACUGGGUGCUAGGGACGAAGGAGGUUGCCCUUUUAGAAAAUUUGAUGACAAUAAUUUAAGAGCUAUUUUGAAAACAAUUUUCCCAAACAAUCCAGAUGAAAUAGAAGUGAUGAUUUAUGAAAGAAAUAAUGAUCCUAAUGUAGCCUGUAAUUUAUUUUUCAAUAUUGUAUUUAAUAUUAUGACUAGGAAGCAGUUGAAUCAAAGUAUGACUUUUGGUAGUCCUGCAAACUAUUAUUUUCAGUUGAAAAAACUGCUUGCUAAGGAGAGCUGAAAAACAUUUUUCAUAAUGUUUAGUAUAAAAAAUAUUAUUUUCAACAUAUUUUUGAUAGUUAUGAUAAUUGGAGAAAAUGUGAUUCAUAUAAAAUAAAAGCAUAUUGUGAAAUGUGAGUCUGCAACCACUGUUUUAUUUGCGAAAAAUAUUCCAAUCGCGGUUAAAUUAAGAGUACUGCACCAAUGUCAUCUGAAACGUAAAUACCAUUUUGUAGCCCAUCAAAAUUGCAACCUAAAAUAAUAAAAUAUAGAAAGACA